AUGUGUGAAGCUGAAGUGAGUAGACUAGUUGAGCUGUGGCUAGAAAUCGAUCCCAAUGCUGAGACGAGAAGCGAGAUCAGUAACCUCUAUGCUGCCAAAGAGUACAACGAGUUGCGUCGCCGGCUCGCCCACAGAAUCACCUUUGGUACUGCUGGGUUGAGGUCCUCGAUGGAGGCAGGCUUCAAUCGAAUGAACGAUGUGACUGUGUUGCAGGCCUCCCAGGGGUUGGCCGAGUAUAUCAAGACGUCGACACUAAAGCUCAAUGCUGCUGCAUCCUCUGCAAAACCCACUGUGGUAAUUGGCCAUGACCAUAGACACCACUCAAAGAGAUUUGGUGACAUUGCUGUAUCCAUUUUCUUGCUAGCAGGUUUCAAGGUUUACUAUUUGGAAGAUGGGGCCCAUGAUCUAGUUACAACUCCAAUGGUUCCCUUUGCAAUUGACUAUUUGACUGCAAAUGGUGGUAUCAUGAUAACUGCUAGUCACAAUCCUGCCAAAGAUAACGGCUACAAAGUAUAUUGGUCCAACGCCUGUCAAAUCAUUCCUCCCCAUGAUAAGAACAUAUCCCUUGAAAUCUCUCAGAACUUAACUCCUGUCAAAAAUGCAUGGAAAAUAGCUGAAAAUAUUUCUUACCAUUACAAAAAAGGAAAUUUAAUUUAUAAUAAAGAUCUUAUUCUAGAACAAUACUAUAAAAAACUAUCUGGAAACUUAAUAUUCAAUAAAAACAUUAAUGGUUUGGACAAUCUUCCAUUUAUCUACACUCCAAUGCAUGGAGUGGGAAAAGAAUUUGCUCUUGGUGUUUUUAAUAAUGUUUUAAAUAUAUCUUCGAAUGUGCAUUUUGUCGAUGAGCAGUCUUUACCUGAUCCUAGUUUUCCAACUGUUUCGUUUCCUAAUCCCGAAGAAAAAGGUGCUUUAGAUCUUGCAAUUGAAAUUGCAAAUAAAAAAAGUAUCGAUAUAAUUGUUGCUAAUGAUCCUGACGCCGAUAGAUUUUCUGCAGCCGUCAGAAUUGGUGAUACUCAUAAAUUUCAUCAAUUGACUGGCAAUGAAUUGGGAUGUUUAUUUGCCAAUUUUAUCAUUGAAAACUUGAUUGAGAAAAGUACAAACUUGAAAAAUGUAUAUUUAUUAAAUUCCACUGUGUCAUCAGAAAUAAUUGGAUCUAUGUCUCAAAAGCUAGGCUUUAAUUUUACUGACACUUUAACUGGCUUUAAGUGGAUUGGAAAUAAAGCAAUAGAGUUAGAAGAAAAAGGUUAUCUUGUUCCAUUUGGGUAUGAAGAAGCAAUUGGCUUUAUGUUUAACAAUGUUCAUGACAAGGAUGGAAUUGCUGCACUCACUGUUUUCUUGCAAUUAAUAAAUAGCUUGGUUCAGAAAGGAACAAACGUUCUUGAUAAAUUGUCAGAAAUUUAUAAUAAUUUUGGGUUUUUCAAAGAAUUUAAUGGAUACUAUAAGCUAAAAGACAUAUCUUUGAUAGCAGAAAUCUUUGGAAACAUUAGAAAAUUUUAUAACUACGAAAACUUUAAUGUUGGUAAUGAAAUAAUAGGCAAUAACAAAGAUUUCAAAAUAGUUUAUUGGAGAGACUUAACCAUUGGGUUUGAAACAAAUGCCAGAAAUAAUUGUCCUUUGUUGCCUGUUGAUCCAUCAUCUCAAAUGAUAACCUGUAUCUUAAAGCCUGUUAAUCCCCAAGCUGAAGACGAACACAUUAGAUUGACUUGCAGAGGCUCAGGAACAGAGCCUAAGUUGAAAAUAUACAUUGAAGGGAAAUCAGAUAGUGAAGGUAGAGCCAAAGAUUUGUCCAUUACAAUUUGGAAAUUACUAAAACAAGAGUGGUUUAAACCAAGUUUCUACAACAUUACUGAACAUUGCGCUGAUUACUAA